GUUCCUUGUCCGGGGCGCUGGGUGCUGCUGCCGGGUGCUGCUGGGCGCCGGGGCGGCCAUGGAGCGGUGGCGAGAGGCGCUCUCCUUCCCGGCCUUCCGCCACCGCCUCCCCCCGGGGGCCGCCUACGGAUCGUGGGGCGGCGGCGGCGGCGGCGGGGAGAGCCCGGAGGAGCUGCGCCGCCGAGAGUUCGCCCGGCUCGGAGGAAUGACUUACCUGGACCACGCCGGAGCUACGCUGUUCCCACAGAGUUUAUUAAAGGCUUUCACUGAUGAUCUCAAUACAAAUAUUUAUGGAAACCCUCACAGCCAGAGCAUUAGCAGCAAAUUAACUUAUGACACCAUUGAACAUGUCCGAUACAGGCUGUUGCAACACUUCAAUACAACCGUCGAAGACUACACUGUCAUUUUCACUUCCGGGUGUACAGCCGCGCUCAAGCUUGUCGCUGAGGCGUUCCCGUGGGUUCCCGGAUCCCAAAAGGAGCCUGGCAGCUGGUUCUGCUACCUCAGCGACAGCCACACAUCUGUGGUGGGCAUGAGGGGCAUCACCGCUGCUCUGAACGUCUCCUCGGUCUCUGUGAAGCCUGCGGAGAUGAUGUCACGGACCACGGACUCGAGGGCGGAAGAGCUAGAUGGCCAGACGCCUCUUCUGUUCUCUUAUCCUGCUCAGAGCAAUUUUUCCGGAACAAAAUAUCCCCUCGCGUGGAUCGAAGAGAUAAAAUCGGGAAAGCUCCGCCCCGUCAGGGUCCCAGGGAGAUGGUUUGUGCUGCUGGACGCGGCCUCUUACGUCAGCACCUCCCCAUUAGACUUAAGCGCUCACCCGGCAGACUUUGUACCUCUGUCAUUCUACAAGAUGUUUGGAUUCCCCACUGGUUUGGGAGCCCUGCUGGUGAAGAAUGAAUGUGCUUCUCGCCUGAGGAAAACCUAUUUUGGAGGGGGAACCGCAGCGGCCUACCUCGCAGGGGAGGAUUUCUAUUUACCGAGACGUUCCAUAGCUGAAAGGUUUGAGGACGGAACCGUUUCUUUCCUGGAUAUUAUUGCACUAAAGCAUGGGCUCGAUAAUUUGGAGAGACUUACAGGUGGAAUGGCGAACAUAAAACAGCACACGUUUGCUUUAGCUCACUACACUUAUACGGUCCUCUCCACACUAAAGUAUGCCAAUGGGUCACCCGUAGUGCGCAUUUACAGUGAUACGGACUUCAGCGACCCAGAUGUUCAAGGUCCCAUCCUUAAUUUUAAUGUGUUGGAUGAAAAUGGAGAAAUAGUUGGUUAUUCACAGGUGGACAGACUGGCUGGGCUCUACAACAUUCACGUUCGCACAGGCUGUUUCUGCAACACUGGAGCUUGUCAGCAACAUUUGGGGAUUAGCAACGAUGACAUCAAAAAGAACCUCCAGGCCGGCCACGUCUGUGGAGAUGACAUAGAUGUGAUUGAUGGACGUCCCACUGGGUCUGUGAGAAUCUCAUUUGGCUACAUGUCCACGUUUGAAGAUGCACAAACCUUUCUGAAGUUCAUUAUUGCCACCUGGCUCUGUGGUUGCAACAUGGUUAAUUGUCCUUCUCCAGCAGAGACUGUUUCACCAGUGAUGGCAUCUCCCAGAGAAAAUGGCUUCACCUGCGACAACAAUAUUGCCAACAAACAUACUCCGAAGAGGAACAUCUUGGAGUCCCAGCUUAGCACCAGUUCUCCUCCAGGAGCAACAUCAGUCUCUCCACAGCUUGCAGAGGGGCCAUCAGAAAGGGACACAACGGAAGGUUCUGGGAAUUCAAUCGAAGUGCAACCAGUGCCAGUAGAAUGUGCAACCAAUGCCAGUCGAAUGCCAGUAACUGUCACCAACAUCUAUCUCUACCCAAUCAAAUCAUGUGCUGCCUUUGAGGUUGCACAGUGGCCCGUUGGAAACCAAGGCUUGCUGUACGACCGGAGCUGGAUGGUUGUGAAUCAAAAUGGAGUGUGCAUCACACAGAAGCAGGAGCCAAGAUUGUGCUUUGUACAACCCCAGAUUGACCUAGAGAUAAAUGUGAUGACCAUCAAGGCUGAAGGGAUGGAUCCAAUUUCUGUAUCUUUAGAAGAAGACGUUGGAACACAGAUGCCUAUUAGCCAAAGCAAAGUCUGCUCACACAGAGUUCAGACAUACAGUUGUGGAGGACGAUCGGCAGCUUGGUUUUCGGAGUUUCUGGGCCGAGAGUGCUACCUUAUCCGGCAGUGUCCAGAUGUCAAGAGAAAUGCAAAAGAGAACCAUGAAAAGGGAGAGGCCCCCGUCAUGGCUUCCUCACUCUCUUUGGUGAACGAAGCCCAGUAUCUCCUGAUAAAUCAAACAAGUGUGUUACAACUCAGCGAUCACAUCACUGCAAGACUAGGUGAGUCACUUCCCCUCCAGAAGCUGAUCCAUCGCUUCCGUGCCAACAUUGUGAUCAGCACAAACGAGCCAUUCGAGGAAGACAAGUGGGACAAUAUUGCAAUUGGCAGCCUGCACUUCAAGGUUAUGGGGCCAUGCCACCGAUGUCUCGUUAUCUGUAUUGAUCAGCAAACUGGACAACGCAACAAGGAAUUUCUUCAGAGUCUGUCUUCCACCAAAGAUAGAAAGACUAACUUUGGAAUCUACCUGAUGAAUCAUCCUGAAAGGUCAUUCUCAAUUCCAAAUACUUUGUCAGUGGGUUCUCAAGUACUUCCAGUGGAGAAGAACAUCACAUGUUCAUGGUCCCCUGAAGAACAAACUACAGGGUGACUUCACAUCACAUAUCUUCUGAAUACAAAGUGCCUUUACCAAAGAUCUGUUUGUCAGAUUUUUGUCUGUGUCUGUGACUGGAAUUAAUAAAGCCAUAUAAUUCUUCCAAA